AUGUGGAAGGGGAGGGUCCCCUGUGCCUGGCGUGACCCCGUGUCCCCCGUGUCCCCCAGCAGUGCCACCAUGCGCCUGCCCCGCUGCCUCCUGCUCCUGGCCAGCCUCGUCCCACCAGCCGUGGCCUCCUGGGGGGUCUCCUACCCCGAGUCCCUGAAGGCCGGUGGCGGGUCCUGCCUGGUUGUCCCCUGCACCUUCAGCUACCCCGCGGAGGUGACAAUGGCCGAUGGCGUGGUGGCCAUCUGGUACAAGGACUACGAGGGCCAGCGCGUGGUCGUGUUCCACUCUGCCGCCCCCCAGGAGGUGGAUCCCCGCUUCGGGGGUCGUGUCCAGCUCCUGGGGGACCCCAUGGCCCGGAAUUGCACCCUGCUGCUGCGGGGGGGUGACACCGGGGACAGCGGGCUCUACCGCUUCCGCUUCGAGAUCGUCAACGGCGACCGCUGGUCGGCAUCGCGGGACGUGGCCCUGAGCGUCUCGGAGGACCUGGAGCCUCCCAGCGUCACCGGCAGCGAGGAGCAGACCGAGGGACAACGGGCCACCCUGGAGUGCUCCACGCCCUACGCCUGCCCCGCGGGUGACGCCGUCCUGCGCUGGGAGGGCUUCGACCCCCGCGUGUCCGAGGUGUCCGGCCGCGUCCGGCUGGACACCAGCGGGGUCGGACAGCAGGUGAACCUGACCAGCUCCUUCUCCUGGAGGGACCAUUCUAAGAAGCUGCUCUGCCGGGUUUCCGAUGGAUCCAAGAGCGCCAGCACGGAGGUGGUGCUGCGGGUCAGGCACACCCCCAAGGACACGCGGGUGGUGCUGAGCCCCUCCUCGGGGAACAUCGGCGUGGGGGACACGGUGACCCUGAGCUGCCAGGCCGGCAGCAGCCACCCCCGGUCUCGGGGGUACCGCUGGUACAAGGACGGGGUGGCCGUGGGCACCGAGCGGGUGCUGGCCCUGCGCGGGGUGCGCCGGGAGGACCACGGGCGGUACCACUGCGAGGCCCAGAAUGCCCUCGGCACCGGGGUGUCACCUCCUGUCACCCUCCGCGUGUUCUCCGCGGAGAUCUCAGCCAGCCCCGCGGCCGAGGUGCGUGAUGGGACGGCCACCACCUUGUCCUGCGAUGUCCCCGGGCGGGAGGGACACCCCGAGGAGCUGACCUACACCUGGUUCAAGAACGGCGCCUGGCUCAAGGAGGGCCCGGCCCACACCCUGCUCUUCCCCGCGGUGGCCGCCGGUGACGCCGGCUACUACUCCUGCCAGGUGACCAACAGCCAGGGCAGCGACACGGCUCAGGCCAUCAGCCUCAGCGUGACCUAUCCACCCCGAAUUCCCACCCUCACGCUCUUCCAGGAGACCCAGGGUGGCCGGCGGGUCAUUGUCCUCUGCGUGGUGGACAGCCGCCCUCCGGCCACCCUGGCCAUCGACCGUGACGGCGCCGUGCUGGCCACCAGCGGGGAUGAGGUGGCCCUGGGCCAGCAGCUCAGUGUCACCGCCUCCCGCAAUUCCCUGCGGCUGGAAAUCCGGGAUGCGGGGCCCCGGGAUGGCGGGAAGUACGGCUGCACCGCCAGCAACAUCCACGGCAACGCCAGCGCCACCAAGGUCCUCGUCACCCACGCUGCAGCACUCCUGAUCCAGCCCUCGGCAGAGGUGACAGAGGGGACUGCGGUCACCCUGACCUGCAUGGGGACACAGGACAAGGUGGAGAAGCCGCUCUACGCCUGGUACAGGAAUGGCCGGAGGCUCCAGGAGAGCUCCAUCCCCACCCUGGAAUUCCCGAACAUCCGCGGGGACGACGCCGGCACCUUCCAGUGCCGGGUCCGGAGCGGGAACGGCAGCGACGCGUCGGAGGCUGUCCCGCUCCGAGUGCUCUACCCCCCGAGGCAGCCGGCACUGAGCUCGUUCCUGCAGAGCCGGGGUGGGCGCCUGGGCAUCCUCCAGUGCUCCGUGGAGAGCGACCCCGAGUCCAACCUCACCCUCCGGAGAGGGGACGAGGUCGUGGCCUGCACCCGGGGCUGUCCCCAGGCCUCCAGCCCCAGGGUCCGCGUCACCAGGUCCUACAACAGCCUGAGGGUGGAAAUCCGGGAUGUGGUGGUGGAGGACGAGGGGAUUUACCUGUGCCAGGCCGGGAAUUCCCAAGGGAACGCCAGCGCUGCCGUGGAUUUCAAGGCUGACACUGCCAAUGUCACCGUGUCCCCAUCCCCCCGCGUGCUGGAGGGUGACAAUGCCACCCUCACCUGUCACCUGAGCAGCGGCUCUACGGCCGUCCCCAACGUCACCUGGUACCACAACGGGCAGCAGGUCACCACGGGCUCGGCCACCUCGCUGGCGCUGCGGCCGGUGGCCAGCAGGGACACCGGGCUCUACCGGUGCCAGGCCAGCACCGCGGGCGGCAGCCGCAGCUCUCCGGACGUUCUCCUGGACGUGCUGUACCCGCCCCGGGACCCUCUCCUGACGGCGUUCCUGGAGGCCGAGCGGGGCUCCCUGGCCAUCUUCCAGUGCUCCGUGGCCAGCAACCCCCCUGCCCAGCUGGCCUUACUGCGGGGCCAGGAGCUGGUGGCCACCAGCGCCGGCGGGAGCAGCCCGCGGGUCACCGUGGUGGCUGUCCCCAACUCGCUGCGGGUGGAGAUCCGGGAGGUGACACCGGCAGACGAUGGCAGCUACCGGUGCAGGGCCACCAACGCACACGGCUCCGCGGAGGGACGGCUGCACCUGCGCGUGCAAGCCGCCCGAGUCCUGAUCUCGCCGUCCUCGGAGGUGCUGGAAGGUGACAGCGUGUCCCUGACGUGCCAGGUGGCCGGGGAGCCCCCGGGUGACACUGUCUACUCCUGGUACAAGGACAGCAAGUGGCUCCAGGAGGGUCCUGACCGCGGUGUUUGGGAUCUUUGGGGUGCCCGAGGUGUUUGGGGUGUCAGGACUCUCAGCACACCUGGGGUUUCCGUGGUUUUUGGGGUGUUCAGGGCACCCAGCACACCUGGGGGUUUUGGGUGCUCGUGUCCCUCGUGUCCCUCGUGGGUUUUUUGGGGUGUCCGGGGUGCUCUGACCCCCCGAACCCCGCAGGUGUCGGCAGCCCGGGAGGAGGUGCCGGGCCGCCGCGGCUUCCCCGGCUACAUGUACACGGACCUGGCCACCAUCUACGAGCGCGCCGGGCGCGUGGAGGGCAGGAACGGCUCCAUCACCCAGAUCCCCAUCCUCACCAUGCCCAACGACGACAUCACCCACCCCAUCCCUGACCUGACGGGCUUCAUCACCGAGGGCCAGAUCUACGUGGACCGGCAGCUCCACAACCGCCAGAUUUACCCCCCCAUCAACGUUCUGCCGUCCCUGUCCCGGCUGAUGAAGUCGGCCAUCGGAGAGGGGAUGACCAGGAAGGACCACGGGGACGUGUCCAACCAGCUGUACGCCUGCUACGCCAUCGGGAAGGACGUGCAGGCCAUGAAGGCCGUGGUGGGCGAGGAGGCUCUGUCGGCCGACGACCUCCUCUACCUGGAGUUCCUGCACAAGUUCGAGAAGCAUUUCAUCUCCCAGGGUCCCUACGAGAACCGGAGCAUUUUCGAGUCUCUGGACAUCGGCUGGCAGCUCCUGCGCAUCUUCCCCAAGCAGCUCCUCAAGCGCAUCCAGAACGUCCUGGCCGAGUUCUACCCCCGCGAGGCCAAGGCGCCCGAGCAGGGCACGGCCCUGUGAGCCCAGACCCCCACGGACCCCUCUUCCCUCAAAUCGGACCCCCUUCCCUAAAAUCAGACCCCCCUUCCCUAAAUACGGAUCCCCCUUCCUUAAAAUCGGACCCCCUUCCCUAAAAUUGGGAAAAAUCUCUUUUUUUGUUGUUUUUUGGGAUUUUUUGUGCGAUUUUUUGUGAAUAAACCACUCUGGUC